AUGGCAUUCUUUAUUAAAAAUAGUUUUAAGUCAUUAGCUCAAUCAUCAUGUAUUUCAAUAUCUAAACGUUAUCUAUCAAUUUCAUCGACACUACGCAAUCCCCAAACAACUACAGAGGCGGAAGACGAAUCACAACGAUCAUCCAUUGUGCGGAAGUCUUUCCAUGACAAUCUUGAUUCAGUUAGAAGCUUUGGUCAAUAUCUAGCGGAAUGUUUACCCAAAUAUGUUCAAAAAGUGCAGAUGACAGCUCAAGAUGAACUUGAAAUUCUUAUUGCUCCAUCAGGUAUUCGGCCUACAUUAUCAUUCUUAAGAGAUCACCAUAAUUCACAGUACACUAUUCUAGCCGACUUAACUGCUCUUGAUGUUCCUAGUCGACCGUAUCGAUUUGAACUAGUAUACAACUUAUUGUCUCUUCGAUUUAAUAAUCGUAUAAGAGUAAAAUCUUAUACAGAUGAAUUGACUCCAGUGGAUUCUGUAGUUUCUAUUUUUAAAGCCGCUAAUUGGUACGAGAGAGAAGUUUGGGAUAUGUUU